CGAAACAGUCAGGUUUUUACUUCUCGACCAAUACGAGUGGCAUGUCGGACACCACGGGCAAAGGGGAAUCGUCAGAGCCUAUAAGCAGGGCGUCCCCCCCGCAGCAGGAGGGCGCGGAAUCUGUUCUCAAAGCCGGUGAGGACCAUGAUAUGGAGGGUUGCGGUGAAGGCGCUGGUGAAGGAGGUAGGGAGAAAGAAAAGGACAGUGAUGACGCUGAUAUUGCCAGCAACGCCGCGACAGUCGGUACUCCCGACCUAAGCCUCGACGCAAAGUUCAGAAUCGAGAUCCUAUUGAUGAUGCUGUACCUCCUCAACCUCGUAUGGUGGAUCGGCCGGCGGUAUGCAGAACAAUCACUCGACUUGCCGAUAUUACGCCAGCGCCCGCCUUUUCCGAAUGCGUAUAUCCCGCAUGGCUUUCCUAGCAGUAGUCGGAGGCCCACUGGUGCGCGGGAAGAGACUGUAGGAGAAGAGGAGACGACGGCGGAGGAAUGGGAGACGGAUGAGCUCUCGGACUGAAUACGCAGGUUAUCGCUGUAACAGUUAUAAUUAAGAUAUACGAAUUCAUAUUUUCCG